AUGUCAACUGUCAAUUCUAAGGGCUCCAAGAGCUCGAAGGGCUCGAAGGGGCUGGUUUUAGAGAACACGGCACGCAGAGACACGCUGAUUGCAAUUGAAAAGAAGUACCAGCAGCUAUGGCAGGAGGAGCGGCUGUUCGAGGUGGAUGCGCCUACGUUGGAGGACGAGCCGGCGACGGUGGACAGCGAGGAGCUGCAGCGGCGGCAUCCGAAGUUUAUGGCGACCAUGGCAUACCCGUACAUGAACGGGGUUUUGCACGUGGGGCACUGCUUCACGAUGUCGAAGGUGGAGUUCUCUGUGGGGUUCGAGCGGAUGAACGGCAAGCGCGCGUUGUUCCCUCUGGGGUUCCACUGCACGGGUAUGCCGAUCCUGGCGUGCGCGGACAAGCUGAAGCGCGAGGCGGAGAUGUUUGGCGAGGACUUUGCGAACGCGCCGGCGGCGGAGGAGGAGGAAGAGCUGGAGGUGCGCGAGGACUCGAAGCCGGGGUCUGAGGACGUGACGAAGUUCAAGGCGAAGAAGUCGAAGGCUGUUGCGAAGCAGGGCCGCAGCAAGUACCAGUUCGAGAUCAUGAUGCAGCUCGGAAUUGCGCGUGAGGACGUCAUCAAGUUCGCCGAUGCGCAGCAUUGGCUGACCUACUUCCCGCCACUGUGCGAGGAAGACUGUACCGCGAUCGGUGCCCGUGUCGACUGGCGCCGUGCGUACAUCACCACCGACAUGAACCAGUACUAUGAUGCGUUUGUGAGAUGGCAGAUGAACAAGCUGCGUGAGGCGGGCAAGGUCAAGUUCGGCGAGCGUUACACCAUCUAUUCGGAGAGGGAUGGCCAGGCCUGUAUGGACCACGACAGACAGUCGGGCGAGGGUGUGACUCCCCAGGAGUAUGUCGGCAUCAAGAUCGAGGUGCUUGAGUUUGCUGCCGAGGCCCAGGAGAUCAUAGACAACUCGGGCUUGGAUAAAUCCAAAAAGAUACAUUUCAUUGCCGCCACCCUAAGGCCUGAAACCAUGUAUGGCCAGACGUGCUGUUUCGUAUCGCCAACUUUGCAGUACGGUGUUUUUGACGCGGGUGACUCCUACUACAUCACCACUGAGCGUGCGUUCAAGAACAUGUCUUACCAAAAACUGACGCCGCAGAGAGGCUACUACAAACCAUUGUUCACAAUUGAGGGUAAGAAGUUUGUGGGCAGUAAAGUACAGCCGCCAUUGUCAGUAUACAAGGAGGUCAGAAUAUUGCCAAUGGAAAACGUCAUUGCAUCUAAAGGCACUGCUGUGGUCACCUGUGUGCCUUCCAACUCGCCUGACGAUUACAUGACCACUCAAGAGUUGAAGAACAAGCCAGAGUAUUAUGGUAUUAAACCGGAGUGGAUUGACUUUGAGAUUCUUCCUAUAAUAUCCACUGAAAAGUACGGUGACUUCAUUGCUAAGGCUAUCUGCGAAGAGAUGAAGAUUCGCUCUCCUAGAGACAUAAUUCCGCUAGCAGAAGCUAAGAAGCUUGCGUACAAAGAGGAUUUCUACAAUGGUGUGAUGAUAUACGGACCUCUAAAGGGCACCAAGGUCGCCCAAGCAAAGAACCUGGUCAGAGAUCAAUUGAUUGCAGAGGGCAAGGCCUUCAUCUACAAUGAACCAGAAUCUGUCGUAAUUUCUCGUUCUGGUGAUGAGUGUAUUGUUUCUCUUGAGGAUCAAUGGUACCUAGACUACGGUGAGCCAACAUGGAAGAAGCAGGCAGAGGAGUGCUUAGAAGAAAUGUGCCUGUUUGCUCCUGAGGUUAAAAACCAUUUCGAGGGUGUGCUUGACUGGUUGAAGAACUGGGCUGUUUCUCGUACUUACGGUCUAGGUACCCGUCUUCCAUGGGAUCCAAAGUACUUGAUUGAGUCUCUUUCUGACUCCACUAUCUACCAUGCUUUCUACACCUUCUCCCAUCUCUUAUUCAAAGACUACUAUGGAAAGGAGGUAGGCCCUCUAGGCAUUAAAGCUGAACAGAUGACAGACGAGGUCUUUGACUAUAUCUUCCAGAAUAUUGACGAGGUUAAGGAAACCACCAUACCUCUGGAAUCCUUGCAGAAAUUGAGAAGAGAGUUUGAAUACUUCUAUCCCUUGGAUGUUAGCAUUUCCGGUAAGGAUUUGAUUCCAAACCACUUGACGUUCUUCAUUUACAACCAUGUUGCUUUGUUCCCUAAGAAAUUCUGGCCUAGAGGUAUCAGAGCAAACGGCCAUUUGAUGUUGAACAAUGCCAAGAUGUCUAAAUCUACCGGUAACUUCAUGACGUUGAAGCAGAUAGUUGAGAAGUUUGGUGCCGACGCCUCUCGUAUCGCCUUGGCUGAUGCAGGUGACUCUAUGGAAGAUGCCAACCUAGAUGAGGCCAACGCUAAUGCGGCAAUCUUGAGGUUGUUCAACUUCAAGGAAUGGGCCCAAGAGAUUGUCCAAGAGGUUGACAGCUUGCGUACCGGAGAGCUGACCGAUUUCUUUGAUCUAGCAUUCGAGAAUGAAAUGAAUGCUUUGAUUGAGGAGACGUACAAACAGUACGAAUUGACCAACUACAAGGGUGCCUUGAAGUUCGGUCUAUUCGACUAUCAGGCUUCUAGAGAUUAUUAUAGAGAGUCGUGUGGCGUCAUGCACAGAGACCUAGUUCUGCGCUACAUCGAAACGCAGAUUUUGAUGCUUGCGCCUAUUGCGCCUCAUUUCUGUGAUUACAUAUACCGUGAGGUUCUGGGACACACUGAAUCUGUCCAGGUUGCCAAGUUCCCUCGUGCUUCAAAGCCAGUCGAUGCUGGAGUCCUCUCGGCCCUAGAGUACUUGCGUGACCUACAAAGAAGUAUCCGGGAGGCUGAAGGCCAGGCUCUAAAGAAGAGAAAGGGCAAGGGUUCCGAUGUUGACCCAACGAAACCUGCUAAGCUCUCCAUGUACAUUACGGAGUCCUUCCCAUCAUGGCAGACCAAGUACAUCGAAAUGGUUCGGGAACUCUUUGAACAGCAAAAGUUGGACGACAACCAAAUUUUGAAGUCGAAGGUUGAGCCUAAGGACAUGAAGCGGGCGAUGCCAUUCAUCUCGAUGCUGAAACAAAGACUAGCUUCUGAAUCGCCAUCCACCGUCUUUAACAGAGAAUUGCUCUUUGAUGAGGAAUCGAUCGUGAAGUCCACGUUGGAUGCCAUUAAGCGGGCUUGUCAAGCCAUCAAGGUUGACGUGUACCAGUUCAUCGUGUUCCCACACGGUUCUACCAAGGGCAGAGAUAUCCUGACUGGCGAGGAACAGGAGGUACCUGUCUGUAAAGCUACUGAAAAUGCACUUCCAGGCCAGCCGGGGAUUUGUAUCAACAAUUUGUGA